AUGAUUGUCCCUGUGCGCUGCUUCACGUGCGGCAAGGUGCUGGCCAACAAGUGGGAGACAUACCUGGGUCUGCUGCGCGCCGACUACACGGAGCGUGAUGCGCUGGACGAGCUAUCACUGAAGCGUUACUGCUGCCGUCGCAUGAUGCUGACCCACGUGGACCUUAUUGAGAAGCUGCUGCACUACAACACUGGCGCCAUUGAGCGAGGCGACGACUAA